UACAGGAAAAAAGAAGAUGGAGAAUGGCAACAAUGUGGAGUUCAGAACAAAUUGUUGCAGAUUAUGGCGAUCUACAGGCGAAGUCUAUGGCUGUGGACUGUUUGGGGCUCGUGACUGUAAUAGCUGGUCGCAAGGCCUUGACCUUUGUUGAUCUGAGAAAUCCGACGGAACCACUGGCCAGACAUCCACGGCAGAGCAAGUGGGAAAAAUGGGAUAUCAACUGUGUCCAGUGGAACCCCCACCCUUCACACGCCCACAACUUUGUCACAGCUUGUAAUGAGCGACUGGACUUGUUUGCAUGGAAGGAUGGUGUCUGUACUAACCAGUGUAUGAUGAAGGGUCACUCCAGAUCUAUCAGUGACAUAGAUUGGUCUCCAUUUGAUGUAAAUGUGAUAGCCUCCUGCUCCGUAGAUACCUUCAUACACCUGUGGGAUGUACGAGACCCUAGAAAGCCGCAGUCAUCCUUUCAGACAGUGGCGGGGGCCUCACAAGUUAUGUGGAACAAAAUCCAGACCAACCAGUUUGCCACAACCCAUGAGGGUGAUGUUCGUCUCUGGGACCCUAGGAAAGGGAACUCUCCGCUGACCUACAUAGCGGCUCACUUGUCUAAGAUCCAUGGCCUGGACUGGAGUCCCCACAGUGAGAACUGUCUGGCUACUGCCAGUCAGGACGGCUCAGUCAAGUUCUGGGAUGUAACCAAUUUCCGCCAAGCUAAAGGUUCCAUGUCGGCAGGUUGUCCAGUAUGGAGGGCACGAUACACGCCAUUUGGUCAUGGGUUAGUAACAGUAGCCGUGCCACAGAUUAGGAGGGGAGACAACUCUCUGUAUCUUUGGACCGUCGAAGACAAUGUCCAACUUGUGCACCAGUUCAUGGGCCAUCAAGACGCCAUUUUAGAGUUCCAGUGGCGGAAGCAGACAGAAGAGGAGCGAGACUUUCAGUUAGUUACUUGGGCGCGAGAUCAGACCCUUCGAGUGUGGAAGGUGGACCUACAGCACCAGAAGUUGUGUGGCCACGAUGUUGGAGACCUGCCUGAUAGUGAAGAGCUAAGUACCAUGUCCCUAGUCAGCAGUACCAACAGCUUCGAGGGGGAAGAGGGAGAAGGAGGGGAGACAACCCGCCAACCAUCAGGCAGUCCCGACAGUAUCACAGCCCAGCAGCCACGCACACUGAAACAAGAGUUCUCAUUGGUCAAUGUAGAGAUACCCAAUAUUGUUGUUGAGGAAUUAAACCCUACCACAAGAACAUGCAUAGUCCUAGCGAUGGCCAACAAUCACAAUGUGCGUCUCAAGCUUGUCUUCCCCGACAACUACCCCAAUAAUGACAUGCCCAGUCUGGAUAUCCUGUUCGCGACCAUCAACAACAAAGUACAGCAGCGCCUCCAUCUGGGCCUGACAGAUAUCUGUCUGAAGCACGUCACCAGGAACACUAACUGUCUGGAGCCGGUUCUCCGACAGCUGGCCACCUACCUAGAGAAACUCACGAUUGAUGACAGGAGGACUCCAGAAUCAGAAACUUCAAUGCAUCUACCAUUUACUCACAAACCAACGAAACAGCUCCACGGCCAUAACAAGUUUUCAGCCCACUAUGGCCCAUACCACUACUUGUUAGAUCACAACAUUCCUUUCCCCCGAACCAGUGGAGCGCGCUUCUGUGCUGCAGGAUUUCUUGUCGUAUUUGGGAGAGCAAGAGAGGCUAAAAAAGCUAGGACAGGAGCAGACCAUACCCCAAAAGCGCUGUCAGAUCUGACCCAGUACGGAUCGCGAGCGAGGAUACGGAGCAGUCACACUGCCCCUACGCCAUACCAACAGUACUCCUUCGCUCGUAGCCCGCCCACAACCUCCGAUCCUUUUACUAUCAAGUCCUACUACUAUAAAGACCAGAAGAGAAAAAACAACAUGAGAAUGAAGUCAAAAGUGAUCAAGGACAAGAGUGAAGAUCUUGACAAACAGAAAGGUCCUCAUCUAGCCCCGGUCAAGAUCUAUGACAGCAGUUAUCUGUUACCUAUCAAUAAAAACCUGGGCACCCAUUACAGGAUAGACUUGAAUGACAUCCCAGCAAUGUGUCGACACAAUGCUGCUCAGGCAGCUGGUGUAGGCAGGAAAGAUCUAGUACAGUUGUGGAAUCUGGUGACACUGAUGUCUGACAAACGACUUGCUCCGUCCUCCAACCCUGAUGAUGGCAGUCCAUGGGGAAGGCACCCAUUCGGAAGACAGCUGCUGAAACACAUGAUGGACUUCUACAGUAGUCUACAUGACGUACAAACACUAGCGAUGCUGUGCUGUGUGUUCUGGAACAAACAGGAAGUACAGAGGCCUCUACACCAGUCAUCAUCCGUUGAGUACAUCCCUCCAACAGUGGCUGAAUAUAGUCCCUAUCACACGGUGUCUUCCUCCUCCAGCCUCCUCAAGGGGUGGUCAACCUAUCAGCUCGCUGAGCGACCUGCACACACUGGUCCCCUUCCCACCUCCUCCUCCACAGCGUCCCUGGCCGAGGUCGCCUCUCAUCCGAAUCUCCCUGCCUUUCAACAGUCAGAAAGAGGCUCACCAGCUGUGCAGAAGAUGCGGAGAUCCAACAGCUGGUCUUUUGAUAUCGACUCCAUAGAGGACUACAAGUUUGACGACAGUAAAGACACCAAACAGAAGGAGGCUGAGAGAGAACAGUUCCAGCAUGAAAUUAAUAGCAGGAUGAUGGAUCCUGGUGCCCAGCAGCAGUAUGAUGACUACCUUCGGGCCUAUGCUAACAUCUUGUACCAAUGGGGACGUGGAAAUCAGGCAACGCAUGUUCUCAAGUUUGUCUCCAGUCCUAAGGAACAGCACAAGGGGAUAGAGUUCGGACUGAACUGUCACCGUUGUCGGAAGGAAGUGCGAGGGCCUCAGUGUGGAUCCUGUAAAGUUCUUGCCUUCAACUGUGUCAUAUGUCACAUCGGGGUCAGAGGUGCCUCCAACUUCUGUUUGACAUGUGGACAUGGCGGUCAUACAAACCACAUCAUACACUGGUUCAAGACUCACGAUGAGUGUCCCUCCGGCUGCGGCUGCAAAUGUAUCAGAGGCAAAACCUACAUCACUAUGUCCUCCUACAACUCCUGAGGGGUAGACCCACCUCAAUAAUUCCCGAGGUUAACUUUUAUUCCCAGAUGUAAGGAGCAAAUGGACAUCUAUAAAUUCCUGAGACUAACCUGUAUCCCUGAUGGAAAGAUCAGAUCCACAUCUGCAAUUCCUGGGGGGAGCGGCUAACCUGUAUCCCCUAAGAGGAGGUACAAACCCACAUCAAAACUCAUAGAGGAGAUGCUAACCUGUAUCCCCUAAGGGGAGGGGCAAGCCCAUGUUUACAAUUCCUAAGGCUUGCCUGUAUCCCCUAAGAGGAGGUACAAACCCACAUCAAAACUCAUAGAGGAGAGGCUAACCUGUAUCACCCAAGGGGAGGGGCAAGCCCAUGUUUACAAUUCCUAAGGCUUGCCUGUAUCCCCUAAGAGGAGGUACAAACCCACAUCAAAACUCAUAGAGGAGAGGCUAACCUGUAUCCCCUAAGAGGAGGUACAAACCCACAUCAAAACUCAUAGAGGAGAGGCUAUCCUGUAUCCCCUAAGAGGAGGUACAAACCCACAUCAAAACUCAUAGAGGAGAGGCUAUCCUGUAUCCCCUAAGAGGAGGUACAAACCCACAUCAAAACUCAUAGAGGAGAGGCUAUCCUGUAUCCCCUAAGAGGAGGUACAAACCCACAUCAAAACUCAUAGAGGAGAGGCUAUCCUGUAUCCCCUAAGAGGAGGUACAAACCCACAUCAAAACUCAUAGAGGAGAGGCUAUCCUGUAUCCCCUAAGAGGAGGUACAAACCCACAUCAAAACUCAUAGAGGAGAGGCUAUCCUGUAUCCCCUAAGAGGAGGUACAAACCCACAUCAAAACUCAUAGAGGAGAGGCUAAUCUGUAUCCCCUAAGGGGAGGGACAAGCCCAUGUUUACAAUUCCUAAGGCUUGCCUGUAUCCUCUAAGAGGAGGUACAAACCCACUUUAAAACUCAUAAAGGAGAGGCUAGCCUGUAUCCCCUAAGAGGAGGGGCAAGUCCAUGUUUAAAAUUCCUAAGGAUAGCCUGUAUCCCCAAAGAGGAGGGGCAAGCCCAUGUUUACAAUUCCUAAGGCUAGCCUGUAUCCCCUAAGGAGAGGGGCAAGGCAAGCCCAUGUUUACAACUCCUAAGGCUAGCCUGUAUCCCCUAAGGAGAGGGGCAAGCCUAUGUUUACAAUUCCUAAGGCUAGCCUGUAUCACCUAAGGGGAGGGGCAAGCCCAUGUUUACAACUCCUAAGGCUAGCCUGUAUCCCUAAGGGGAGGGACAAGCCCAUGUUUACAAUUCCUAAGGCUAGCCUGUAUCACCCAAGGGGAGGGGCAAGCCCAUGUUUACAAUUUCUAAGGCUAGCCUGUAUCCUCUGAGGGGAUGAACAUACCCACAUCUGAAACUCCCAGGGGAGGGGCUAACCUAUAUUCCCAGAUUGAAGGAACAGACUGACGUCUACAAUUCCUGGGGGAGAUGCUAACCUGUAUCCCCUAAGAGGAGGGGCAGCUAUUCUGUACCCCCUAAGGGGAGGGAAAAUUCACAUAUACAAUUCCUUAGGUUAGCCUGUAUCAUCUGAGGAGAUGGACAAACCCACAUCUGAAACCCCUUGGGGAGGGGCUUACCUAUAUUCCCAGAUGGAAUGAACAGAUACAGGUCUUCAAUUAUACAAUAGGAAUAGUUACCGGUUGGUUUAAUGUAACUGGUUGGUCCAGGAGGCUAAAUGAUGUCUUUUUGGUCAAACUUCUUAACAGCAGAGACAAAGUCUGUUUCUUACAUUGUUACAUUCUUACAGCCUAUUACAGACCGAUUAUGUUUCUAGUUGAGAUAAAGGAGUUUGUCUCUGUCAAAAUUUGUAGUCAGCCUUCCUGUGGACAAGACAAAGUCUAUCACAGACAGGCUGGAGUCUUGUGCUUAUAGAGACAGGGGUUGUUACAUAGGCAGAGCCCAUCAUAGCCAAAGUAUCCAUCUGUCACUGAAAACAGGGUCUGUCUGUUACUGAAAACAGGGUCUUACUUACAUAGGCAGAGCCUAUCAUAGCUAAAGUCUCCGUUUGUUACUGAAAAUAGGGUCAUAAUGGAUCUUGUGAAUCAUUUCUUUUGUUUUACCUUCAGAAGAUAAUGGAAAUGUUGUUUUAUAAAACGGAAGUGUGUAACAAGUAGACCUGUGGUUUGUUUUGUUAUCUGUGUGAGUAAAUUGGUUUUUAAGAUUAUUUUUAUAUUUUGUUUAAUGGCAGACAUGUAUGAUGGGAUUGUGAUACGUGUUAAAAAGAUAUGUAAGAAUAUAAAAAAAAGUAUGGAGUGCUUGAGUUGGGAGUUUUAGCUACAACUGUGUGGAUUCAAUAUUGAGCGUAUGAAGAAGAAUGUGUCACCGACUGUAUUCAUGAAUGGGUAUCAAUAUCUUCAGAUUGUGUCCAAGCCUAAUUGUAAAUGUAUGUGUUUGUGAGUGUCAUGGACAUUGAAAAUAUCUGUGCCAAAGGUAGAAAAA